GCGUUCAUACUUUACUGGGACCCUCGAAAGCCAGCUGUACCACUCCGUGUUCACGGCUCGACACAUUUAGACGACAUUACUGCACUGCACUCUCUAAAAAAUAGUCCAUCUCCAACGUCUGGACAGAUCCUGCUAUCAGAUUCCACCGAUGGUCUGGUUAGCACAUCAAAUUCUGCGGAAGACGAUGAAGAUGAAGCGGUUCUGAAUGUCGGGAGCUGGGGUUGUAGCAUAUCCCAAGCAGGAUGGAUCUGCUGCUCGUCGACUAAUCGUGUCUGGGCUGCCAGCGAUAUGGAAACAUUCAGUUGCUGGUCAAAUGAGGUAUGUUCUCACUAUCUUAUAACGUGUCAAAAUACAAAACGAUCUGACAGUAACCUCGCUGUAUUUGUUGGUUCGAAUGAGGGAGACGUGGCCCUCCUCUCAAGCUCGAAUGUAACAGACUCAUCUGCGCUAUGGACAAUAAAUUCAGUAUGGGCUAGUGGGCACACUGGAGUGGUCCGUUCAGUCUUCUGGGAUGAAAAUCAUGAAAUUCUCGUCACAGGUGGCGAGGAUUCAAAGAUAAGCGCAUGGCGUUGCCCUAUACCCGGACGUUCUUCGGAGUCUGCGGGAGAUGAAAGUACAAUGGAUAUGGAUUCCGCUAUUCUGAAAAGAGAACGGGAUGACGACAUGGAUGUCAGCGAGAGCGAGCCAGAGGGUAAAAAAGUAAAGUGGUAAUUGGUAAUGAGUAGUGGCGGAAGUUCCGGGGACCUCAUUAUCGUUGAAGCGGUGCUAAUCAACGGCACCCUGCGCCUGCUACUCGUAUCUACCCCCUCGAAAAUUUAUCAGAACGUUUGCAAAGUCCCCGCCUAACUUACAAGACCUGAGAUAAUUGAUUCUCAGCAUGUGCUUACAUAA